UUCGGGUGGCUUGGUGAUAAGCUCGGGAGGAAGAAAGUUUAUGGAAUGACGUUGAUGGUCAUGGUCCUUUGCUCUGUCGCCUCUGGUCUCUCUUUCGGACACGAGCCAAAAACCGUGAUGGCCACGCUAUGUUUCUUUAGGUUUUGGCUAGGGUUUGGGAUUGGUGGUGACUAUCCUUUGUCCGCAACAAUCAUGUCUGAAUACGCUAACAAAAAAACUCGUGGAGCGUUUGUUUCUGCCGUUUUCGCUAUGCAAGGGUUUGGUAUCAUGGCUGGUGGCAUCUUUGCUAUAAUUAUCUCCUCUGCUUUUGAAGCUAAGUUCCCUGCCCCGGCCUAUGCGGAAGAUGCCUUGAGAUCCACGAUUCCUCAAGCAGAUUUAGUAUGGCGUAUAAUCUUGAUGGUUGGUGCUAUCCCUGCGGCCAUGACGUAUUACUCAAGGUCCAAGAUGCCUGAAACCGCAAGAUACACAGCUUUGGUUGCUAAGGACGCAAAGCUGGCUGCUUCAGACAUGUCUAGGGUUCUGCAAGUGGAGAUAGAGGCAGAACAGGAGAAAGUGGAAGAGAUCUCAAAUAAUAAGUCCAAAGCCUUUUCCUUGUUUUCCAAGGAAUUCAUGAAACGCCAUGGGCUUCAUUUGCUAGGUACUACAUCAACAUGGUUCCUUCUCGACAUCGCU